GCCUCACCGCCCUCCGCGGGCCCGGCCAGAAGCCAUGCGGGUCCCUCCAAGCGGAGGUGCACCCCCGGGCCCCCACCCGACGCGCCCGAAGAGGCCCUGACCUCUCCCGCGCACCGCCGAUUCUGCUCUGGGACGGGACCGGGAGCGCGAUUGCCAUGGUGACAUGAGAAGAACGGGGAGGAAGAGCCAAGCAGCACGAAGCAAGCGGCCUGCCCCCGCGGCGGGCAGGACCAGACUCCUCUUCUCUCUCAUGCGCCAAUGGCGUCACUUCCGAUGAUGGUGACCCAUUCGCCGUUAUAAUUUAUUUGACAGUUUUUUGCUUCCCCGUGGAAAGACGCGGGGUGGGGGCGGGCGGAGGGGGGCACCCGGCCGAGCGGCACCCCGGCCUCAGGAUGGGCGUCCCCCCGCGGCUGCGCAGGGUGUGCCGGCAGCUGUCCCCCCAGGCUGUGCUGCUCCUGCUCUUCGCAUUUUGCCUCCUGAGCGUCUUCGCCUCCGCCUACUACCUGUACGGCUGGCGGAGGGGGCUGGAGCCCUCGGGCGACGCCCCCGGGCCGGACUGCGACGAGCCCAAGGUCGCGCCCUCCCGGCUGCUCCCUCUCAAGACCCUCAAGGUGGUGGACUCGUCCCGCACGGACCCCCUCGUGCUGGUGUUCGUCGAGAGCCUCUACUCCCAGCUGGGCCAGGAGAUCGUGGCCAUCCUCGAGUCCAGCCGCUUCAAGUACCGGACCGAGAUCGCCCCGGGAAAGGGGGACAUGCCCACCCUGACCGACAAAGACCGGGGCCGUUUUGCGCUCAUCAUCUACGAGAACAUCCUCAAGUACGUCAACCUGGACGCCUGGAACCGCGAGCUGCUGGACAAAUACUGCGUGGAGUACGGCGUGGGCAUCAUUGGCUUCUUCAAGGCCAAUGAGAACAGCUUGCUGAGCGCCCAGCUCAAGGGCUUCCCCCUCUUCCUCCACUCGAACCUGGGGCUGAAGGACUGCAGCAUCAACCCCAAGUCCCCGCUGCUCUACAUCACCCGCCCCAGCGAGGUGGAGAAGGGCCUCCUCCCCGGGGAGGACUGGACCGUAUUCCAGUCCAACCACUCAACCUACGAGCCCGUCCUGCUGGCCAAGACCAAGUCGGCGGAGCUGAUCCCGCACCUGAGCGUGGACGCGGCCCUGCACACCACCGUGGUCCAGGACCUGGGCCUGCACGACGGCAUCCAGCGGGUGCUCUUCGGCAACAACCUCAACUUCUGGCUGCACAAGCUGGUCUUCGUGGACGCCGUCUCCUUCCUCACGGGCAAGCGGCUCUCGCUGCCCCUGGACCGCUACAUCCUGGUGGACAUCGACGACAUUUUCGUGGGCAAGGAAGGCACCCGGAUGAAGGUGGAGGACGUGAAGGCCCUGUUUGACACCCAGAAAGAACUGCGCCCCCACAUCCCCAAUUUCACUUUCAAUCUGGGGUACUCAGGGAAAUUCUUCCACACAGGUACGGACGCCGAGGACAAGGGCGACGACCUGCUGCUGUCCUACGUGAAGGAGUUCUGGUGGUUCCCCCACAUGUGGAGCCACAUGCAGCCCCACCUCUUCCACAAUCAGUCUGUGCUGGCGGAGCAGAUGACCCUCAACAAGAAAUUCGCUGUCGAACACGGUAUUCCCACGGACAUGGGCUAUGCCGUCGCCCCUCACCACUCAGGGGUCUACCCUGUCCAUGUGCAGCUGUACGAAGCCUGGAAGCAAGUGUGGUCCAUCCGCGUGACCAGCACAGAGGAGUACCCGCACUUGAAGCCCGCCCGCUACCGCCGUGGCUUCAUCCACAACAAGAUCAUGGUUCUCCCCCGGCAGACCUGUGGCCUCUUCACACACACCAUCUUCUACAAUGAGUACCCUGGGGGCUCGAGCGAACUGGAUAAGAUCAUCAACGGCGGGGAGCUCUUUCUCACCGUGCUGCUGAACCCCAUCAGCAUCUUCAUGACUCACCUCUCCAACUACGGCAACGACCGGCUGGGCCUGUACACCUUCAAGCAUCUGGUCAGCUUCCUCAAUACCUGGACCAAUCUGAAGCUGCAGACCCUGCCGCCCGUCCAGCUGGCACAGAAAUACUUCCAGAUCUUCUCUGAGGAGAAGGACCCUCUGUGGCAGGACCCCUGUGAGGACAAGCGGCACAAGGACAUCUGGUCCAAAGAGAAGACCUGUGAUCGAUUCCCCAAGUUGCUUAUCAUCGGGCCCCAGAAAACAGGCACCACUGCCCUCUACCUGUUUUUGGGGAUGCACCCCGAUCUGAGCAGCAACUACCCCAGCUCAGAGACCUUUGAGGAGAUCCAGUUCUUCAACGGACACAACUACCACAAGGGCAUCGACUGGUACAUGGAGUUCUUCCCCAUCCCGUCCAAUACCACCUCUGACUUCUACUUUGAGAAAAGCGCCAACUACUUUGACUCCGAGGUGGCACCCCGGCGGGCAGCGGCCCUGCUGCCCAAGGCCAAGGUGCUCACCAUCCUCAUCAACCCAGCCGACCGGGCCUAUUCCUGGUACCAGCACCAGCGUGCCCAUGACGACCCGGUGGCCCUCAAGUACACCUUCCACGAGGUGAUCACGGCAGGGCCCGACGCCUCCCAGAAGCUGAGGGCACUCCAGAGCCGCUGCCUGGUCCCGGGCUGGUACGCCAUGCACAUCGACCGCUGGCUCAGCAGUUUCCACGCCAACCAGAUACUGGUCCUGGAUGGCAAGCUGUUGCGCACAGAGCCUGCCAAAGUGAUGGAAACGGUGCAGAAAUUCCUCGGUGUGACCAACGUCAUCGAUUACCACAAAACACUAGCGUUUGAUCCAAAGAAAGGAUUCUGGUGCCAGUUGCUCGAGGGAGGGAAAACCAAGUGCUUGGGCAAAGGCAAGGGCAGGAAAUACCCCGAGAUGGAUUCAGACUCGAGAGCCUUUCUGAGGGAUUAUUAUAGGGAGCACAACGUCGAGCUCUCCAAGCUGCUGUACAAGAUGGGGCAGACCCUGCCCACGUGGCUCAGGGAGGACCUCCAGAACACAAGGUAGCUGCCGCCAUGGCUGGACUGAGCAAUCGCGAUGGCCGGGGAGGGGCCCCCAGGGGCUCCCUCAUCUCCCCCCGAGCCGGACUGACCCUUGGGGUGGGGCCCUGGCCAGGGCAGCAGAGCACUUCUGAGCAAUACUCAACCGAGGCCUGGAAGGGGAAAGGGAGAACCCACGGUCUCCGGUGGAGCCGACGAGAGCGAGCGACCUGCCCGACGUGAAGGCCAGUGGCUGCCUGACUUGGGGCUACGACCACCUCCGGGCCCCCCGCAGCCCGGUGGUAUCACCGCUUUCCCCCAUGUGAGACCACUUCUCGUUGUGGGAUGCCACUUCCUGGCAUCAACUUCCCUCACCUCCCCCUUCCUGGGUGGGUGAGCGGGCAGGCCGCCACCGCCACCACCACCUCAGACCUGCAGUAGGAUCAAUAGCCGGGUCUCCCCGCCCGUGGCGGGCAGCGAGGGAGAGGUGCCAACCAGGCAGCGGGACGUUGCCAAAUCCCUCGGAGGGACAAGAGGUGUCACCAACCGUUUAGGACUGGGCCUCUGGACUCCUACUGGGAGUCCCGAGCCAGCCACCAUCAGGACUUCAGAGUCACAGGACCCUGGAAGCUUUGGGGUCUCUUACCCUCCCCUCCCUAUUCCCUUUUUAAAAAACAUCUCUGAAAUGGGCAGCAGCCGGUCCAUCCCUGAGAAUCAUCCUGUGACUGGGUUUGAGGCGGGGCGGGUUUGCCUGCGGGGCGGGGACCAAACUCCAGGAUCGGGGACGGGGUCCCUGAACGGCUUAGAAGAUCCCCUCUCUCAGCCCCCCACCCCGAUAGUCUCUCUCCCCUGUGGGGUUUGACUUGUUUGGUGUUUCCUGUGGUAAGACACUUGAGGCGGCCCUGCGGUCCAACCGCCACAACCUGUCCUAAUGAACAUACACUGCCCCCACCAGCUCCCCAAUAUCCCAAUCCCCCGACCCACUGAGCCGAGGCCGCGGGCAGAAACGGUGGGGGGGUCCCCCCCCUUCCCCUCCGUCCCCCCCACCUCCCGGCAGGCUGGGGCUUCCCAGAGAACCUUUUAACCUCUCAAAUACUAAAAGCUAAAGUAUUUUAAUAUUUUGGUUUUUUGUUUCUUGGUGCCAGAGUUGAAACUCCAGGUGCUGGGGUCGCA